AUGUCAUUCUUCAGUCAUGGAAGUUCCUCUUCAUCUGAGGAUGAGGGAUUUUGGCCUCCUCCAGGUCGGAGGAAAAGACACCCUGCUGGCAAUAGACAACCUGAUGACUCCAACAGCACGUCAUCUAGUGAUUGUGUGUCAAAUAUUUUAUACCGAUCUAGUGAUCCCAUGUUCAUCGCUCAAAAUGGUUUGAAACCUCAUAGAUUCCAUUUGAAUCAAUCACCUAAUUCGUCGAGUGGGAUUUUCUCCCAGCCAGGCAAUUUUUCUUAUCAAUCCAGUGAAAUGAAUUUUCCAACAUUGUUCUCAGAGAGUUUUGAUGCUGUUCAAAAUUGUUCUGAAAAAGCGAAUGCCAACCUUUGUUCACGAUUUAACAUAUGCCGUAUUAAUGAUGACCAGCCCAAUGUAGAAGACCAAUCUAAUUCUUCCACUCCCCCAAUGCUCCGAAGAUUUCUAGAUAGUCAAGACAAUUCAAGAACAAAUUGUUCCCAGUCAUUGCCCCCGGUGCGAUUUCAAACAUGGGUAGAUGGUUCUCGUUUGAGUUAG